AUGUCUUCGAUAGAUUCGAUUAUAUUCGAUCUAUCGAAUGAUAAUGCCCAAAAUAUUCGUGUUCUUGGUCUUGCUGAUAUUAAUAUACAAUUACAAAAUAUAUCACAAGAUCAAGAACAAAAACAAUUAAUUGAUAUAUUUCCAAUUUUCUACAGUAUUGUCAUUCAUUUUGAUAAAGUAUCGAUUACUGGACGUUCUCAAGCAGUUGAAAUCUUACUUAAAUUAAUAUCACGUGAAAUGAUUGAAGUUCAAAGACAAAUUCAUAUUGGUCUUUCAAUUGAUGAUCGACGUUUUCAUUUAAAUAUUAUUAAAAUGCUUUCAUAUCUUGUUACUGAAUAUAUUAUUCGAUUUGAUAAUGAUCAAACAAAUAAAUCAUCAGAUUUUGAUAUGCCUCCACCGAAAAGAAGCAAAAAAGCUAAAGAAUCGAAAACUAAUGGAAAAUCAAGUUUAACAUCGGAUUCAUUAAGAGAUAAAUGUUUAAAAGGUCUUUGGAAUAUUCUUCAAUCAUCUAUUAAACCCUUAUGGGAUUCAUCAAUUAUUGAUCAACAAUUUGUCAAAUGUGUAACUAAACCAUGUUAUCAUUUACUUCGUCGAAAAGAUAUUUCAAAAAAUCCAAUUGUUAAAGAAAAUCUUCCAUUAAUUCUUACUAUUAUGAUUCAUCAAUUUGAACAUGCACCAGCGUCUAUUCAAUUUAGUCAAGCAGUUAAACAUUAUAAUAAUAAUUCAAGUUUACUUACAGCUGUUCUUAAUUCACUUUUGGUUGAUUAUCAAGAUACAUUAACUAUUCAAUAUUCAUUUAAAGAAAUUUGUGAAACUAAUUUUGAUGGUACACAAGCUGAUAAUGAAUCUACUAAAACAAUGGCAACAUUUAUUAUUGAUAUGGCUAGACUUGAUCCACAUAUUAUUCGAACACAUAUUGAUCAAAUAACUGAUCUAUUAACAGCUGAAAAUCAUCAUAUUCGCGUUGCUGCUUUAACAGCAUUAUGUUCUUUUAUUGAAAAACUUCUUUCAUCCGAUGACUUAGAUGAUGGACAAAGAAAAAUGCGUGAUGAUCUUUUACAAAUAUUACGUGAACAUAUAUAUGAUAUAACAGCAUUUGUUCGUCAACAUUGUUUACAAUUAUGGACAUCACUUGUUAUACAAAAAAAAGUUCCUGUUAGACAAUAUCUUCGAGUAUUUGAACUCGGACUUGAUCGAUUAAGAGAUUCAGAUUGUGUAGGUCGAAAAGAUGCAGUAACACUUGUUAUGCAUAUGAUUCUUAAUAAUCCUUAUUUUGGUUUUGGCUCAACUCGAGCUCAAUUUGAAAAAGGACAAAAUGAUGCUGAAACAAAAUUAAGUCAACUUCAUCAAGAACUUGAAAAUUUAAAUAAAAAAAUAGAAGAAAAAAAGCCUCAAUCUGAUGAUGAAGAUAGUGAAGCAGAAGAUAAAAGUAUUGAUGAAGAUGAUGAAAUGAAUGUUGAUAAUAAUCAAAAAAAAGAAAUAGAAGAAAAUAAAGAAUCAAAUGAAGAUCAAUCACUUCAAGAAACUUUAAAUCGUGUUAAAAUUGAAGAACAAAUAAUGCGUGUAGAAGAAAUUUUUGCUUUGUAUGAAGAUAGUCUUCGAUUUAUGGAUUUAAUUGAACAAGCAAAUCGACAUGUUGUUAAUUUAUUUAAUUCUCCAACAGUAGCUGAUUGUAAAGAAGCUAUUCAUUUUUUUGUUAAUCUUCGUCAUUAUCGUCUUAUUUUGCCAAAUAUCGAACAAAAUUCACGUUUAAUGUUUAGUCUUAUUUGGUCUGUUGAUAAAUCAAUAUGUGAAGCAAUUACACAAGCUUUUGUUAAAAUUUAUUUUGAUGUAUCACCAGCUAUUGCUCCAACAGAUAUUCCUUUGCAUCAAGCUCGUGGAAUAAUUCGUGCUCUUAAAAGUGCAACAUUUUCUGAAGAAUUAUGUUUUGAAGAAAUUCUUAAACAAUUAAUAAAAGAAGAAAAAAUUCUUCCUAAACCUAUAACUGAAGUUUUAUGGAAUUUUUAUGAAUCUCCAUCAGAUGAUAAUACUGAUGUUAUUGCUAGAAAAAUUCUUACAUUUGUCGUUGGAAAUGAAAUUGAUUCAAAACCAAAUGGUAUAAUUGGUCUUAUUCAAGCUAAAGAAAAAAAUUAUAGUUUUGUAUAUGUAUCUUGUUUGCUAUUACAAUUAGCGGCUACACCGAAAAAGAUUGAAAAUGAUGUUCGACCAAAACAAUUUCGUUUACCAAAAACUCAUCUUGUAUUCGAAAUUCUUGGCGAUAUUAUUGUUUCAACAUUUGAUAAUGUUUAUGAUCGACAAUGGACACCAAUGAUGGAAUCAGCAUUUGAUGUUAUUUUUAAAUUAGCGAAUGGUCCAAUAAAACAUAUUGAAAAUAUAAUAAAUAAACUUGCUGUUAAAACAGGUGUUAAACCUGGUGGUUUAUUUAAAAUUUCAUUAUCAUCUCAAUCACAACCUUUAUCUGUUGAAUCAAUGGAUUUUGAAAAUGCUGGUAAUGAGAAUAAUCAAAAUCAAUUAUCUCAACAACAUCAUCAUCAUUAUUCUCAAAUAAAUGCAAAUUCAGCAUUAUUAUUAGUUCGUUUGUUAAAUUGCUUAGGAAAAACUGCUAUUGGAAUUGUUUAUUAUGUUGAUUGUACUGUUAAAGAUGAGCUUCUUCGUCGAAAAGAAGCUAAACAAUCAGCUCCAUUGAAUUCAACAACUAAUCGAACUGUUGAUGAUGAAAUGGGUCAAGUAUUUGGUGGUGCUGAAGCUGAAGAUUCAGUUGAUAAUGAAAUUAAAUCAUAUAUUGAAUCAUUAUGUGAAGAAAAUUCAUUAUUAAUGCAAUAUAAAAAUAUUUUUAAACAAAUUCUUCAUCAAAAUGAAUAUCAUGAAGAAACAUUACAUUUAAGUGCAACAAUAUGUUUAUGUAAAUUUAUGUUAUUAUCUGUUAAAUUAUGUACAAUACAUGCAGAAAUGUUAUUUGAUUUAUUAAAACAUUCGACAUUUGAAAGUGUUCGAGUUGCUAUUUUGGUUUUAAUGAAUGAUUUUUAUUUAAAAUAUCCAUCAUCAUUUGAUGCUUAUUUAAAUGAUGUUUAUAAUUGUUUACAUGAUCCAUCAGAUAAUGUUCGUUUAGUAGCAUUAAAAACAAUAUCAAAUUUAAUUCUUAAAGAAAUGAUGAAGCCAAAUGGUCGAAUAAGUGGAAUAGCAUUAUGUAUUAUUGAUAAACAUUCUGAAAUAGCAACAUUAGCUACAUCAUUUUUUAGUGAAUUCGCUAAACGUCAAGAUGGCCAAACAUUAUUUAAUACUUUACCAAAUAUUUGUGCGAAUUUAGUUGGUGCUGUUCGUGCUGGUGGAACGAAGAAAGGUAAACAAACAACAAGUCGUAGUAAAGCAAAAGCAGCACAAUCUGAUGAUGAUGACGAUAAUGAUUUAAAAGAAAAUGCUGGUGAUUUAAAACGACCAACGAGAAAAAAACAAAAAUACAAACAACAAGUUGAUCAAAACGUGGCACCUGAAAUCUGA